AAAACAGUCUAGAUCUCUUCAUCCAACACCCAUCCCCAUCCCCAUCCUCGUAAACCCUAACCCCUUACGCUCCUCCCAAGUCUGAACCACCGCCGGGAGAUGGCCUCGCCUGGCACCUCGAUCACGGACGACCGGCUGGCCGUCCUCCUGGAGGAGAUCUUCCUCCGGCUGCCCACCGCAGCCGACCUCGUCCGCGCCUCCGCCGCCUGCGUCCCCUUCCGCCAGGUCGCCACCGGCGGCUCCUUUCUACGACGUUUCCGCAGAAGCCACCCUCCGCCCUUCGUCGGUUUCAUGGACUGGCACAGCUUCAGCCGGGCCCUCCCGCCUCACACCUCUGCGCCCGCCGCCAGCGCAAUCGUCCGCGCCGCCGACUUCACCUUCUCCUUCCUCCCCAGCCCCACCCCCUACUCCCUGCUGCCGGACCCCGGCCUCUGGAGCGUCAGGAGCAUCCUCAACGGUCGCAUCCUCCUUGACCGCGGCCCCAAGAGCGAGCAGGGUUUGGUCGUCUUUCCGCUGCUCGUCGUGUGCGACCCCUUGCACCGGCACUACCGCCUGAUUCCUCCAAUUCCUAAAGAUCUAACCGCGUCGGUCAAGGACCCGCUCGAGCUGAUUUACAAGCGCUCCUGCGAGGUCAUCCUCGUCCCCCCUGGCAAGGAAGUGGAUGAGCAAAAGGAAGACUAUGAGACUUCAUUUCGUGUAAUCUGGAUGUCACAGUGCAAGACCAAUGUGGUGGCAUUCGUCUAUUCUUCAAACACAGGGAACUGGCAAAGCAUUGCAUCCAAGGGUUGGAGCGAUUUGCUACCUGGCGUGCCAGCUGUGCAGUUGAACUCUGCUUUGUUCUGCCAAUCUCACUAUGCCCAUGGAUGUUUGUACUGGCCGAUGAAAGGGAGGGAAUGCGGCCUCAAGGAUUAUCCGAGGGAAGUUAUGCUUGUCCUUGACACCAUGACGAUGGAGUUCACCGUCGCUGAUUACCCACCUGGAAGAUGGAGGAAUCGACAGAUUGGCGUCGUGGAGGCAGGGGAUGCUAGGCUUGGAUUGCUUACUUUGUCAAAGGGCCAAGUUCAUUUCCAUGUUAGGGGAAAAGCAGGCGAGACUUCCAACGACUGGCAUUUGGAGAAAACAAUCCCAUUGGGUGAGGGUGAUCAUGCUAUUGUACGUGCAACACAGAGGUACUUGCUACUGCGAAGGUCAGAUUUGAGGAUGGACUUCAGGACAUUUCAGCUUGAGAGGUUGUUUGAGAAAUCUGAAUGUUUCUCACUAGACGUCAAGACAUUUCAGCUUGAGAGGGUGUGUGAGAAAUCUGAUGUCUCAUGUGGGCCAAUUUAUACCAACUUUCCACCAUCAUUGUCGUCAAGGACAGUAUGAAUUGAAUUGCCAUGUGGAGAAAAAGGAUAUCACCGAGUUCUUGGACAGUAUGUUUGUUCUUGCAAUGGGUACCAUUAAAGAUGAUUGGUGAGCUGCAUUACUCUAUGCUGCUGGUAGCAAGAUGUGUUUUGUUUGUCGUAAGAAACUUAUUCUAGUAACUACCAACUUUAUGGUUCAUGUGUGCUUUGUUAUCUACUCUAUGUUUCCCUGCGUUGGACAAAUGGCUGAACAAGAUAAUUGUGAUGCUGCUCUAGCUUAACUCCAGGUCCAUGUAUGCCUUUUGGCAUGUUUUCUUAUGGUUUGCAAAUGGUUUUUGCUCUUC